UUCUUCCCCAACCCUAACGCACGGCAGCAGCCCCUCGGCCCGCUGCCCGCUCCUCCCCACCAAAUCCCCCCUUUCCCACCUCCCGGCGGCAACCUCCCGCAAACCCGGCGUCAGGCCUAGGACCGCUAAUUCGCCGUGCCUCUGCCCUCAUCUCAAGCACGGCCUGCUUCCGCGAUCUGUGGCGGCCCCGCCUAGUUUCCUCUCCACCUCUCUGGUCUAGGAGAUGCCUAUAAAGAGUCAAGGAUGUGCACACACGGAGGAAGGAGGAGGAGUAAGCACAAGUAAGAAGACUUCUUUACAAUCCAACUCUGACCGAGAAGAUUCUCCGCCUCUGAGUGAUGACCUCCCUCGCAUAUUACGCAAGCGCCUACUUCCCCGCGGUUAUCCUUUGCCAUCCAAGUUUGCUGGGGGCAUACGCUUGGUGAAUACAUUUGAGCUCUGCUUUGGAAAGUUGGAUGGCUACAACGAAGAGCACACUAGCAUUAAAUUACUUGCUUUGAGUGUCUGUCGGUCCAUUGUUUCACUCGCUUCUUUCAAGGGAAGAAUUAGACAGUUUACUUGCACAGGCACAAUCAUAGAGCACACGCCACCCAGCAUGAGAAUUCUAACAUCCGCUAGCUUGAUUAGAUCGUCUGAAGAAGAUGGAAGUAAGAUACUUGAUAAACUGAAGAUCAAGGUGCGCCUGCCCAGUGGCAAGCUUGUUAUAGGAACGUUGUGGAAAUAUGAUUCAUAUUAUAAUAUCGCUGUUGUUAACAUCAAGGCUUCUCCAGAACUUCGUGAAGCAUGCAUUCAUAAUCAAGUGCCAGCUAAUGUUAAAUUGUCCCAAAGUAAACUGGUGGCUAUUGGACGAGCCUUUGAAUCCGGAGAGCUUAUGGCCACAGGCGGGACACUGCUGCACGGAACUACCAAAUUUGACUGCCAGCAACUCAUGGCAUCUACUUGUAAGAUCACAAAGGCUGGGAUUGGUGGCCUCAUUGUUGGUUCUGAUGGAAAGUUCAUGGGCAUGAGCUUUUAUUAUAAGGAUGGAGCUCCUUUCUUACCAUUCAGUAUCCUCCAGAAAUGCUUAAAGCACUUCAAUAAAUUUGGGAGAGUUGUGCAGUUAUCGCUUGGUCUAAGGAUUGGAUCACUUCAAGCUGAAAAAUUGCAUGUCCGUGAACAAGUACAUGACAGCUUCCCCAAUGCACAUGGCAUUUACGUACAGAUGGUUUCUGAUAAAUCGCCUGCAGCAGAUUCUGGAAUCAAAGUUGGCGAUGUUAUUACCAAGAUUGAUAAGCUUGAGCUGUUCAAUGCACAAGAGUUCCAUGAGCUGAUUUUGGACAAGCCAAAGCGUAUUUUGCGACAUGGUGAAGGAAUGCCUUUUACGGUAUGUGUCCUAAGGCCAAAUAGUAAUGGUCGUGAGUUCCCUGCAACUAUCAAUGCUGUGAUAGACAGCAACGAGCAAAACAGUUGGCUGGUACCCAAGACAAAGUGGCUAUGUCCAGAUGACAUACGUGAUGCUGAUAAGAUGCCCCUCGUUCGGAAGCGUUUCAAACCUGACUACACAUUUCCCCCCCUUGAUGGAAUGGAUCUACAUACAGAAGAUUCCGAUGAAGAAUGAAGUGGAGCAAAGGUUUGGUAAAGAAAAGCUUGUGUUAGCAUGAACCGGGCAUGAACAUUUCCGUUUUUUGAUCUAUAUUUGGACCGAGCAGCAUGUGGUACCGCUAAGCUACGUUGGCCCAGAAGUUUGGUUUGGUUCACUUUAGCUGUUUAUGCGAUUCGGAAAAUCGCUAGCAUGGGCUUGAUUAAUCAUUUAUGUAGAGCCUCGUUUUUUUAGCAGUGUAGAGCCUGAUGAGAUGUAUCCUUAAUCUUGUUAAGAGGCGGUAGAUGAGUUAGUUAGGGCGAAGUUUGUUAGAGCGGAGAUUUGUUUCUCAGAUGCUUCUUGUAUCUCCACUGUUUGCUCUGCGCAGCCCAUUUGUAUCCACUGGCAUUUCGCUUA